AUGCGGACAUCGAACCCGCAUAGCCCGAUGAAUCUGGGUAUGCGCCACGACACCCACGAGGAGCUGGAAGAGCUUGAACCAUUUGUUCUCAGCGAGGGGGACUUGACACGAAGAAAUUCUCUACUGCGGCAUACAUUUGAUCGAGUUUCGCAAACAUGGCGCCAGUCGAGACCUAUCAUCACUUCCGGACAGCUAGUUGGCAUAUUCAAAUGCAGCUUCGCAUAUUUUGUUGCCUCCAUGGCGGUCUUUAUUCCAUUUGUUGGGGCCCUUCUUGGUAAGCAAUACGGUAAACAUUUGGUCGCCACGAUUACCGUCUAUUUUCAUCCGGCACGAUCGCAAGGCGCCAUGUACAAGGCACUUAUAUGCGCAUCUGUUGCGUUUCUCUUCGCGUCCUGCCUGUCGUUAGGGAGCAUGUGGGUGACAAUCACCUUCCACCGGAAGCAUGGCUUAAUUGAACUAGGCCAUGCCGUUGUUUUGAUAAUCUUCGUCACGGGUGGCUUCGGAUUGAUAGGAUGGGUCAAGCAGCGACAACAAGAUCCCCUCGUCAAUAUCGCGUGCUCAUUAGCUUCGCUGGCCUCCAUCUUGGUUCUGAUAAAGGAAGGUGCAGUACAGUCGGGUGACCUUUCCUUCACGAAGAUAUCUCAAAUACUGAGGAUGCUUCUGCUUGGUAUUGGCGUGUCAACAGCUGUCUCCUUUGCUGUUUUCCCUGUUUCGGCGCGUAAAAAGUUUCGUCGAGAGCUGUCGGUUCUAGCGAGCACCGCAACCACAAUGCUCAUGAGCAUCUCAGAGGGGUUCAUCCAUGGCACGGACCAAGAUAUUCAACUGCAGGACUUCACCAAAACAGCCGCGCUUCAUGACGAGACCUUUGGUCGAUUAACUGCUUUACUGGGCGAGACGAAGCUCGAACACUAUGUGGCUGGAACGCAGCGGCAGCAUACAAUAGAGAAGGAUCUGAUGCACCUCGUCCGAGAUAUUACACAUGGUCUAGGUGGUUUGCGCAGUGCAGUGGUUUUACAAUCCAAGUUGCUAGGGCGCGCAAAACACCGAAACAAUACGGGAACCUCGUUGCCGAUCUCUCGCCCUGUUCCAAGUAACAAUCUGGACAUCACUACACAGCGUGAUGAGAAUGCGUUCGACCCGACAGCCAGUUCUCGCAUAGUGAGCCACGAGCUCUGCGACAUAAUAGCGGAGGAGGAUGAUCUGCCAUUAUCGACUCAUUCUUCGGCCGAGAUAUUUGAGCAACUUACCCGGGGACUUAGAGAGCCAAUUAUGUCACAUGCUCAAACGCUGCAUGAGAUAUUCGCAGAAGUCAACCUCAAUUCCACGACCGUGCACAGUCAUAUGAUGAACGAUGAAUUGGUGAUGAGGAUCACCGAGGCAGUUCACAGAUAUCGGAACGCUCGUCGCACAGUCUUUUCGUCGUUGCGACAAGACUGGGGAAGGAUAUCACCUGCGCAGGUGGACAAAUCGAGACUUGAGGAGUUAUUUGCCAACAGCGAAUAUUUCUCGGUAUCUUUGCUUGAGCUGAGUGAGCAACUCAAAGGUCUCGUGCUGAAAAUUACCGAGUUCCAAACCGAUACUGAUCCCCGGCCCCUAAACGCCUUGAGGGACUGGCUACUAUCUAAUUGUUGGCCACGUCGUUGGCGUCGCAUGUCAUUUCCACAUAGCGGCGACGCAAGCCUUUCAAGAAACGUGCAGAAUAUACCGCGUUCAAUUCCAUUGGUGCCCCAUUCACAGGGCACGCCACAUCUUCCGGCCCGUCAAUACAGAUCCCAAGAUGAUGUUGUCAGGCCGUUUGCGUUUCUGCGAAAAGACGAGGCUAAAUUCGCCCUCAAAGUCGGAAUCGGAGCCGCAAUUUUUGCACUUCCUUCCUUUAUCGCUGCCACAAGACCGAUAUAUUUAGCCUGGCGGGGAGAAUGGGGUCUGAUUUCCUACAUGUUGGUAUGCUCCAUGACUAUCGGCGCCUCGAACACCACUGGACUUGCACGCUUCUUAGGAACAUGCAUCGGUGGCCUCUGCUCGAUUGGAGCCUGGUACCUUGCCGGGGAAGACGCAGUUAAGCUGGCGCUCUUAGGCUUUGUCAUGGCCAUUGGCCCUUUCUAUCUGAUUCUCGUCAAGGGUCAAGGGCCUAUGGGUCGAUUUAUCCUCCUGACCUACAACCUCUCUGUGCUUUAUGCCUUUUCCUAUUCUCAGGCAGAUCCAGAUCAGUCGGAUGAUGGAACUGAACAUCUUGAUAUCACCUCCAUCGUCUUGCGCCGCGUAGUCUCCGUUAUGCUCGGCAACAUCUGGGGUAUCAUUGUCACCCGGGGUAUCUGGCCGAUUCGAGCGCGAGCGAAACUGGACGAGACAUUGCACUCUCUAUGGGUCCAGCUUGCCGAUGUCUGGAAGUCCGAGCCCUUGAGUCUGCUUUCCGGUGGUGAUGUGCAGCUGCCUGUGCUUUACAUGAAAACUCACGCCAGAGCCGAGGUUCAGCGCUUACUCUCUCAGCUGAAUUCUCUGCGACAAUCGGCUUUAUCCGAAUUCGAGCUAAAAGACCGGUUCCCUGAUGCCACCUACGUCCAGGUGAUUAAGAGGACGCGAGAGAUCGUGGAUGAUUUCCAUUCCCUCGAUUUGGUCCUCUGCAAUUUGUCUAGUCUUUCAGAAGGACAAGUUCUGCUCCUGCAGCACACCGCAGCUACCAGAAAACGACUGUCCGACUGCAUCAGCCAUUUGUUUGGAAUCAUCGCCUCCACCGUCAAUCUUGGACACACAUUAGAGGAUGUCCCUGCAAAUGUCGCUCGGGCGCGAGACGAGUUGCUCGCACAAAUUUCUCGCUUCCGACAAGACAAAAAUGCAUCACACGUGACGACCGACGAAGACUACGCCUUACUCUAUGCAUACAUUAUCGUUAGUGGCCAAUUGUCGGAUGAGCUUCUGCAGAUUUCCUCGGAACUUGGCCGCAUCUUUCCAGCUUCCGACGACAGCCUGGUCGGCGCCGUCAGGGUGUGA